AUGUGGAUGCUCGCGCUUGACCAGCAGUCUAGGUACGACGGGGCGUGCUUGCCUAGACUCUUGAAGGGAUUGAUCGUUGAGGGCUCCGAGGCUCCGAGCAUCUUGAGAGCUGGGCAGAGAUCAAGAAGCCCCUUCGCCGACUCCGACAGGAAGCAGCGCCACAAGCUCUCCUGCAGGAACAAGAGCAGGCUCAGCCUCCAGGACAAGAUGGACAUCGUGUCGCUCUUCUACAGUCCGAUGCCGCCGUCAUCGUCGACGACGCAGGUGGUCACGCAGAGCUCCAUCGCCAAGAUGUACGGGAAGAGCCGCUCCGCCAUCUGCAAGGUCCUCAAGUUACAAUCAAUUCACUAG